UGUACGUAAAACGCACGCGCAUGCGUGUCACUCCGUGUCAUAGCAACCGAGGAGGACAACAUGGCAAAAGCAACGACUAUAAAAGAAGCUCUUGUAAAAUGGGAGGAGAAGAGCGGCGAGAAAGUGGGAGAGGCGAAGGCGGUGAAGCUCUACGCUCAGACACCCCCCAUUGAGAAAAUGGACGCCUCCCUGUCCACCCUCACCAGCUGCGAGAAACUGUCACUGUCUACAAACUGUAUAGAGAAAAUUGCCAACCUGAAUGGUUUGAAAAAUUUAAGAAUACUAUCAUUAGGACGCAACAACAUAAAGAACCUGAACGGACUGGAAGCGGUGGGCGACACACUGGAGGAGCUGUGGAUCUCCUACAACCUGAUCGAAAAGCUGAAGGGAAUUCACGUCAUGAAGAGGCUCCGGGUCCUGUACAUGUCCAACAACCUUGUGAAGGAGUGGGGGGAGUUCCAGAAGCUGGCGGACCUCCCGGCGCUGGUGGACCUGGUGUUCGUGGGAAACCCGCUAGAAGAGAAGUACUCCACCGACGGCAACUGGACAGAGGAGGCCACCAAAAGACUCCCCAAACUGAAGAAGCUGGACGGUAACCCCGUGAUCAAACACGACGAGGAUGAAGGAGAAGGAGAAAGUUAACGCAUUCCAUUUUACGUUUUAUUACUGUUUACAAAAAUAUUUUUAAAUCUGUGGUUUUAAAUGGGUCAGGCACCAGCAGUUUGAAAAAACACUCCGUAGUUUUUAAAUUUUUUUUUCCUUACAGAUUUUGACAUUUAUAAGCUCAGCUCUCUGACCCAGAAGUCUGACUUAAGCUCUACACAAGAGAUACAGUGGUUUUCUACAACUGUGAAUCAUUCCAUGUAUCACAAAGGCCCUUGCGUAUUUGAACAGAAUUAACUGCACAACAAGAUUAAGAAAUAAUUUAAAAUACUGAAUAUUUAUGAAGUCAAAUAUCUGCAAACAAUUAAUAUACUAGGCGUCAUUGAAAUUAUGUUGCUACAGAGAAUCUUUUUUUAGAACAUACGCAAACAGUUAAGCAAAAUCAAUCAAAUCAAAACGCACAAUGUCAAGCUGUACGUAUUAAAAAAAGAAAUAGGUUUAUAAUCAGUGUAUGAAGAGGAUUUCUAUGAUUCAUUUAAUCAGUUUUCUUGGUAAAGGAUAAUGCCGUAAACACUGGAAAAACAACAUAAUGAUUGGUUAUAUCAAUAUAGUCUAUAUUAUGACACGUUUAUGUGAAAAGUAGUGAUCAUUCAUUGAAGUACAAAAAUAAUCAGAGUGCAUUCACAGAGUGCUCUCUGAAAUCAUUUAUAUGAAAUCUUUUAAUAGACUGACAAUAGGCAGCUUUUCCAAAUAUAAUUACCCGACAACUUGCUAAUAGUUGCAAAAAAUCUAAGCUUUUGUAGUUGCGAGUUAAUCAUAAUAUGAUUAUUUCAAACUGUUCUGAGCCGUUGUAAAAUAAGUUCUGAAAAGAGUUCUGAACUGCUGUGAUGCUGAUAUAAUUUGUUUUGUAGCAAACAAACGAAAAUAUCUGUGGAAGCAGACGGUGAGACAUUGGUCCUUAGAAAUGUAUUUUCCCUCCUGGCACCCUGAACCAAGAGAGCAUUGUGGGUCACGGGAGUCAGUUCUUUUGCUUCUCAGUCUUUUUCAGGACAAGCGAUUAAAACGAGUAAUGAAGUUGCAGAACUGAGAGAUGGAAGCACUUUAUGAAUACACUGCAGUAUUCCAGUGUAUUUCAUACCAUUCCGCACACAUAUUCUAUGGUAAUUAUUUGAAAAUUGAAAUGAAAUGGAGUGGUUUCUGUUAGAUAUUGCUCCAGUGACUUCCUGUAUAUUAGUUAUGUUAUUAUUACGGUUUGCUUUAUUUUAAUUUAUUAUUAUUCUCUUCGUUUUGGGUACGUACAGUUCUAUUAACCAGUAUCUUCUGUUCUGAAGAUGGCGGUUUCAUGAAAUGCUGUUUUCUUUCUAAUUCCCUUUUCCCCUUUCCUCUGAUGAAUUGAGUACGGAAUAAUGAAUGAUGUAUGAUUUUUAUUGAUUUCUGCAACUCAUUCUUGUUUGCAUUUCUGGUAUCUCUUGACUUGAGUCACAUGGUUUUAUAUCUUUACUGUAUAUAUUAGAUAUAUUAUCUCCAAUUAAGAACAAACAACACUCAAAAUAGAUGAAGUGUGCCAUUAUGUGCUAAAAAGUCAUUUCUGUUCAAGUACUACACACUGGAAAAAAUAUAAUGAAGUAAAAAUUCAAAUACGCAUGGGUCAUUUAAACCUUGAUGCACUAUUGGUGUAAUUAUUUUUAUAUUUAAUGAAUUUGUCUGCUGAAAUUUGUAUGUAUGAUAUACAUAUUUAAGAAGGAUCAGCAGACAGCAGAUCUGUCACAGAGCUGGGCAUACUUGUAUACCAAAAUAGUACUUUUUCUACAGAAUGGCCCUCACCAUGGUGGUAAUGUUAAUAGGAUUUCUUGAAAAGCACAUUGGUGGUACUGCUUAAAAGUAAUAGCUUAUUUAAUGAGGAAAAAACUAGGCAGUAAAAUAUCUGCUUGACCAAUCAGAUUAUUAUUAUUAUUAUUAUUGUUAUUAUUGUGCAGCUGCAUUCCAUUUGGGUAGGUUUCAGACUUCAGGUACUCACUCCAGAUUCAGUAUGGUAGGGCACACUUGCACCCCUCUCUCUUACCGUGGUGCUGUUUUCUGAGGGGGAAAAUGCACACUUAGCGUUGAUGUAGCAUGAAUCACCGGAUGACCUUGGUCUCUAAAAAUCUGGGAUUCCGUGAUUUACUCGGGCGAGGCACCGAUGAGGUCGCAGCGUUCACAGCGAAGCACACUGGCACAAGUCUAUCUCCAAAUUGUAUCAUGUGAAUUAUGCAUUAGGUCAGCCCGCCACUCAAAUCCCUUUCACAGUGAAUUUGUCAAAUGUCAAAUCCAUUGUCGGCAUUCUGUCAACCACUCAAUCGAACAUAAUUAACUGAGAAUGGGUCUGGGGCAAGAACUUGCAUUAACCAUGUUGCCCCCGAACCAAGCUUAGGAAGCACCGAGUUCUACUGCAUUCUAAUAGACUUGCUUGAUGACAUUUGCAUAUCUAAUGUGGUUUUUGCUAUUAUAAAUUUUAAACGAAGGGUAUCUUCCUCUAUCGUGCAAGAAAUUGGCCUGUGACUACUGGAGACUGUGCCUAAGUGGAGCAGUUAAUUGCGUGAAACAGAGCACAUUUAUUGGAUCAUAAUUGGAGAGGCAGAGUACAGUGUAUGCAGCUGGGUGUCAGCUGAUCUUCAGGUUUGACCUCCAAUUGCGUUUCACAGUAACGACGGCUCUCAGUGACCUCCUCCUGGCACCCUAUUUGCUGUUGCUGUCUAAAUUUUCUGAAGUUCUGUAUUAGCCUAACAUUGUACAUUGCAGCUGCCAAUUCUGUGGUACGGGGAUCACUGCCCUUCGUAGGUUUACCCUCUUGCUCUGGACUAGUACCCACUGGCUGCAUUCUUGUUGCAAUCGAAUUGUGUCUCAGUCUCAUGCCAGUGUCUGUAAAGUUUUGGCCUGUCUGAACCUGGAGGCUGACCUGGUUUUUGUUUUUGGCUACUAAAGUUCUAGGGGAGCAUCAGCUCAAUCCAGAAUCCUCGAUCUUCAGUAAUUGGAGUGACUUAGUAAAAUGUAAACAAAAAACAACUAAAUAAAAUAAAAAACCACCAUAAUUUUCUUUUCAUUUUUAAAUUGGUCAUUGCCAAAAUAAAGGAACACCAAAAACAGUAUUGCUGUCUAUAAAGUUUUCAAUGGACUGUAUUUUAUCAAACAGACUGCUCACGGUCUAGAUUGACAUUUGAAGUCAACUGAUUCAAGGUUACUCAUCGGUUUUAAUUUGCAUCUUGAACCAAUGCACAGACAACAUGUUUGAGGAGUAUGUGGUUUUUGACUACAAUUGCUGCUGGCUGAUGAUGUCUUUACCUCAUAUUUCCAUGCCAACAUCACUUUUCAGCUGUUCCUUGUGAAAUGUGCAGUCUUGGUCACUGACACACCGGCCACAUGUGCCUGAACAACCACUGAGAUCUCUUCCUCUAGCCAUGGUAGCAAAGGCAACUACAGAAUUCUACAGUAUAAACAACUGUGAGCAUACUGGGAUGUUAUUUGCUUAAUUAACUCAGGAACCACGUCUGUGUGGGAACACCUACUUUCAAUAUACUUUGUAUCCCACAUUUCCUCUAGUGUUCUCUUUGUUUUGGCAGUUUCCUGUACAUAAUUGCCCUGAAAAUAAAACUAAUUAAAAAUAAAAAUAAUAUCUAAUUAGGAGACCAAAGUAUUUUGUUUAGUUUAAGCAAAUAGGUGAUUGAUAGAACUUUGUUGGGUUUGUGAACCCUUACUCCCACUGGUUUGGCCCAAUGUACUGUAUGUGCUCAGACCAUCAUCAUUUGAUCAACAGUUGACAGAAACUGAAAGUUUAUGUGACAAGAAUGCAGCCACUCAGUCCAGUCAUCCUGCAGGAAUCUCUUCUUAACAUCCUUGUAACUUAAACACUGCGGUCAAAGUUCAUCAGGAUAUUUUUCAUAUGUACUUUGUUGCUUGUGACAGAAAAAUAAAUAUACUGUAUGCCUUUUAGGUUUAAACAUGACCAUGAUUAUAUUUAUAAAAUGAUUUUUACUUUUUGUCUGGGAUUUUAAUUGAUAGGUACAUUUGUAUAAAUUGAUAUAACAAUUCAAGUUGGACUAAUUUGUUAAAUGGCUUAUGCAAUAUUGAGAUUAGAUAUGUUUGCAUUAAAGAAUGUUGAAAGCAU